GGCGGGCUCCAUUCCCGGCGUCCUGAGCAGCCUUUCUGCUUCCUUUCAGGGUGUCUUUUAUGAAUAAUCAAAAGCCACAGAAACCGACGCUAUCAGGCCAGCGUUUUAAAACUAGGAAAAGAGAUGAAAAAGAGAGGUUUGACCCUACUCAGUUCCAGGACUGUAUUAUUCAGGGUUUAACCGAAACUGGCACUGACUUGGAGGCAGUAGCAAAGUUUCUUGAUGCUUCUGGUGCCAAACUUGACUAUCGCCGCUAUGCAGAAACGCUUUUUGAUAUCCUGGUGGCUGGUGGAAUGCUGGCCCCAGGUGGUACCCUGGCAGAUGACAUGACACGCACAAACGUCUGUGUAUUUGCAGCACAGGAAGACCUAGAAACCAUGCAAGCAUUUGCUCAGGUUUUUAACAAGCUAAUCAGGCGUUACAAGUAUCUGGAGAAAGGCUUUGAAGAUGAAGUCAAAAAGUUGCUGCUGUUCCUGAAAGGAUUCUCAGAGUCUGAGCGGAACAAACUGGCCAUGUUGACGGGUAUUCUGCUAGCCAAUGGGACACUUAAUGCAUCAAUUCUCAACAGUCUUUACAAUGAGAACUUGGUUAAAGAAGGUGUUUCUGCGGCUUUUGCCGUCAAACUGUUCAAAUCAUGGAUAAAUGAGAAAGAUAUUAAUGCAGUGGCUGUCAGUCUUCGUAAAGUAAACAUGGAUAACAGGCUGAUGGAACUCUUCCCAGCCAACAAACAGAGUGUUGAACACUUCUCCAAGUACUUCACUGAAGCAGGACUAAAAGAACUUUCUGAGUAUGUUCGGAACCAGCAAACCAUAGGAGCUCGGAAAGAGCUGCAGAAAGAACUUCAGGAGCAGAUGUCACGGGGGGAUCCGUUCAAAGAUAUAAUCUUGUACGUGAAGGAGGAGAUGAAGAAAAACAACAUCUUGGAACAGACUGUGGUAGCCAUAAUCUGGUCAAGUGUAAUGAGCACGGUGGAAUGGAACAAAAAGGAGGAGCUGGUAGCAGAGCAAGCCAUUAAGCACUUGAAGCAAUACAGCCCUCUACUUGCUGCGUUUACUACCCAAGGUCAGUCAGAGCUGACUCUUCUGUUGAAGAUUCAGGAGUAUUGUUAUGACAACAUUCACUUCAUGAAGGCCUUCCAGAAAAUAGUGGUGCUCUUCUAUAAAGCUGAAGUUCUGAGUGAUUAAAAAGUUUGUUGAAUGGCUCAAGAAUGCUGAAGAAGAGUCGGAGUCUGAAGCUGAAGAGGGUGACUGACCUGUGAAACUUUGUCCCUCAGUAAAGCAAACAGGAGCUGUAGAUAAGUGUCAUGUCUUCUGUCCUUGUGAUUCUUACAUCCUACCUCCCUGUAUCAAGCAUGAUAUAAGGGCUCUCAUGGCAAUUUGUUUUAACUUUUUUCUAGAGUUACUGAAAUACUGGAUUUAGUUUUUAAAACCAUGUUUUAAGUAGCUUACAAGAGCUGUUACAGAUUUGACUCUAACCUGCAUUUGUCCUUUCAGUUAUAUUCUACCUCCUGUAUUUUCUACUGUAGUAACAUAAUUUAAGGCCUUCCACAAUGAAAUCCACUUUGCCCC